CCUUGAGACUAACUUCAUUUCAAGCGUGACUCUGUCUCUCUUCCCUCCCAUUCGCACCGCCACCACUCACCGCUCCGGCGACGCCGAUGGACAACGGCGGCGAACUCAACCUCGACGAACAAGUUCAACUAAUCUACAGCAACGAUCCAACCCACACCGAAACCCUAAUCACAAACCUCACCUCCUCCUCCAACCACCACCGCUCCCAAGCGGAGACACUUCUCAACCACUUAGGCUUCCAUUUUCUCCCCCGAAUCGCCAAAUUCCUCCGAUUAUCCCCCAACCCGACAACCCGAACCAUGUGCGCUCUCCUCCUCCGCAACCUCAUCCUCACCCACUGGCCCCAAGUCUACGCCGUCCCCCGCUCCACCAUCUGCCACCUCCUCGCCUACAGCCUCCACAUGGAGUCCGAUCCUUCCAUCGCUAGGAAGAUCUGCGACACCGCUUCGGACCUCGCCGCGAUCAUCAUCCUUCCUUAUAGCUAUGCCCGAUCGUCCGAUCUCCUCUACUGGCCUAGCUUCAUCCGAUUCUUUAACAGUGGUGUUGCCUUAGCGGACCAGAGACUCAAGCAAAUGUGCCUUCGAAUCUUCGCCAGAGUGCCGCAGAAUGUCCGUGAAUUCCUGCUCCCUGAUUCGACCUCCCGCCAUGAUUUCCUCGCCGGGUCUCUCGCCGCCCCCAAUUGCUUUGAUGUUCGUGUCACCGCCGUUGCUGCCGCCGUCAAUUUCCUUCAGUGCCUCCCCAAUCUCUCCGAGCAGGACAGGUUUGAAGAUUUGCUGCCGUUGAUGAUGAGUACUUUUACUGAUGUGUUGGUUUCCGGACAUGAGGCUGCCGUGCAAGAUUCUCUUAAGCUCUUCAUUGAGCUUGCAGAGAAUUGGCCUCGAUUACUUGAGAAGCAAGUCACCAACAUGGUUGAAUCCAUGCUGGAAGUUGCUGAGGAUGAAUCUCUAGAGGAAGGGACUUGUCAUUUAGCUCUUGAGUUUGUUAUGACCCUUUCUGAGACUGGAGAGCGUGCACCCGAGGUGAUGAGGAAGAUGUUGCAGUUUGUGCAGAGACUGUUACUUGUGGCGAUGAAACUGUUGCUGGAUAUUGGGGGUGAUCUGGUUGAGGCUGAGGCUGAAGGUACCAAUAACUAUGAAUAUGGACAGGAGUGUUUGUAUAGGCUUUCCGUUUACUUUGGUGGGAGCGCUAUAGUGCCAAUUGUUUCUGAGCUGUUGCCAACUUAUCUGGCUGCUUCCGAAUGGAAAAAGCGUCAUGCUGCACUCAUUGCCCUUGCACAGAUUGCAGAUGGUUGUUCAGAUGAGAUGAUAAAAAAUAUGGAUCAUGUAUUGUCGAUGGUUUUAGAUUCAUUUCAUGAUCCCCACGCUCGAGUGCGAUGGGCAGCUGUAAAUGCAAUCCGGCAAUGGUCCACUGAUUUGGGGCCAGACUUGCAGGUUAAAUAUCACCACCUAGUUCUGCCAGCAUUAGCUGGAGCCAUAGAUGAUUCUCAGAAUCCCCGAUUACAGGCUUAUGCUGCUUCUGCCGUGUCAAUUUUUGCUGAAAACUGUAUUAUUAGGUUUGUAAAACCUUAUUCAAAUAUCCUUAGGCAUUGUAAUUUGUAACAAGUAACGACCUCCACCGUUUGCCAGUGAACCACCAUGGUCAUUCAUUCAACUGCACCUAACAGUCAUGUAAUUCAGGUCAUAGCUCCUAUGAAUUGAUGAUGAAAUGUUAUUUAAGAGCUACCUCUGUGACAGCAGCAAAUCAAAUGGGGGAGAUAUUUUGACAACAUCUUUUGUAAUUUUAGGUUCCUUAUCUGGAUUAAUCUAUAUAGUAGUUUUACUUGUACAUGCUCCCUGAGUUCCAAAGUAAUAAAUGUUAAUGUGUCAUGUUGGAAUAUUAUAGUAUGAUACUGAGUUAUACUAUGUAGAGUUUACAACUGUUGUAUAUGAAGUUCGCAUUAUCGGAUC